AGGGGCUUGUGAUUUCACGCAGUUACUGGUUCAUGGGGGACUUUUAUUUCCCUGUGUGGCAAAAAAACUUCUGAAAUCCCAGAGACAUCAUUAAGCGCAUAUUUAUCGGCAACCGUACGUAAUCUUGGAAAUAUAGAGCAGGAAGUAGCGAGUCACAGCAGCAGCGACAGUUUCCAGUCAAUGUUCGUGUUUAAGGAUGGCUGAGGGCAGCCCGGAGGAGCGGAGCUUGGAGAUUCUGGAUAUUCCCGAUGCUCUGGACGAGGACCUUCUGCUUCUUUAUUUUGAUAACAAGCGGCGCUCUGGAGGAGGGAACUUGGUCUCUUUCGAGAAGCGCGGAAACCAUGCUUUGGCGGUUUUUGAAGAUGCAGAGACUGCUGCAAGAGUUGUGUCCAGGUCUCAUGUCCUCCAGAAUAUCAAACUGACGGUGCGGAGGAAACCGCCGAAGGACCCUGGAAAACUGCUGCUGAGGGGGCUCAGUCCACACACUUCACUGGACUAUGUGGAGCUUUAUGUGGAAAGUGUUACUGGAAUGGAUUUUGAAACAGACUUCAUCCUGUAUCAGUCUCCCAACAAGGAUCUGGUUCUAGUACACCUGAAAAAACCUAUAGGCAAAGAUUUCCAGACGCUUAAAGACGAAGUCUCCAAGAAGCCUCUGAACGGAGCACAGGUCACCCUGGAGCAGGUCGAGUGCACAGACUCCAUUGUGGUGGCCAAUCUGUCUCCUGCCUUCACAGAGGACAUGCUCGAGCUCUACUUCGAGAGUAACCGUGCUGGAGGCGCCGAUGUCCUAGCAGUUAGCAUGCUAGCUGAUGGACGUGCUAAGGUUUCUUUUAAAGAUGUGAAAACCGUCGACCACGUCCUCCAGAACUCCCAUCUAGUGGAAGGUACAGCUCUAGUCGUGGAGCCGUACUUUGAUUUCCUGCAAGCUCUUGAGGAUCAGAACGCUCAAGAUGACCUGGAAACAUUGACGGAUGGGAACCAACCACAGGUGGCCUCAGCCCAAAGUCCGACUGUUUCUGUCCCGGUGGUGAGCUCCAGCUUGGGACACGAAGCUGCUCUCACGGACAGCGCUGCAAAUUUAACGGCUACUGCAUCUGCUCCCGAGCCGUCGGUCCAGCAGGAAUUUGCUAGCUCCGUAUCUGUGCCUGACGCCAAUAAGUAUCACCUGCUCACUUUGAGUAGUUUGCUCGAGAGCCUCAAAAAGGAUCACCCCAAAUUUGAAGUCGGUCUAGGAAAAGGUGGCGUCCAAAUCAAAGGGCCUGACCAAAUUGAGGGCGAACGACUCAAAAACGAAGUUCUGCAGUUCCUCGCUAGUAUUGUGGAGGACAGUCUGAUGUACGACAGACUCAAAGCAGAGUUUCUCGGACGGGAGGAUGUUAAAAAGAGGCUGAGUUUGUCUUUGAAAAGCAUACCUUCGACCUACAGCGUGUCGGACUGCGCGGUCUCUGUAACGUCUCCGUCUCGUAGCGCAGUCAAACAGGCCCGGGACCUGAUAGAGUCCCAGAUAUCAGAGUUCACUGUGCCCAUAGCCAAAGAGUGCGAGAGCAUGCUCUCUUCUACCGAGUGGUCUGACCUCCUGGUUUCUCUGGACGUCUGCAGUGCCAGGUUGUCCGACGCUGGUGGAGCGAUUAGCGCCAUCACCCUGACAGGGAUGGAGAAGGACAAUAAAGAGAAGAUGCUUGCGUUUCUCAGCACCUCACGUCAGAGGGAGACUGUCUUGUCUAUGGAGCCGGGAAUGCUCAAGUUCCUGCAACUCCAUCAUCAAGAUCUACUGGCGGACAUGGGAGAGGUCAUCCUAUUCCCACUGGAGACUGGAGAUGGACUGAGUAUCCAGGGAGAGUGGAGCGUGUGCCAGUCAGCAGCAGAAUUAUUAAGUGCUAUUAUCGGCUCGGUCUUUACAAAGACCAUUGUGGUGACCCAGCCUGGCAUUUCCCGCUUCCUGCUGGAGGAGGAGGGUGUCAACAUACUGGGAGAGAUGACAGCGAAGUUCGAAGUCUUUAUCGACAUGGCCAAAGUGCACUGGGAGCCUCUAGAAGAUGACAUACUGGAGCUGGCAUGGAAAAUAACAACCUGUCAGAACUUCCAGAGAGGUUCCUCGGCAAAUUCUAUUCAGAGCUUCAGUUCUGGACUCACGAAUGGACGUAACUCAACCGAUGCGCAUACUUCAGCUCGUAUUGAAGAAGCGAAGAAGAUCUUGGCAGUCAUUGGUGGCGAAUUAAACCCCCAACCUUCAAGUUUGGCAGCCAUCGAAUCUGUAGAUCUUUAUUCAGACCAAAGUCAAGAUAUCUCAGCGGCAGCAGAAAAAGAAGAGGCCGACCAACCCCAAUCGCUGCAGGCCCAUGACCUCCCGAGCUCCUCCGCAUCCAUCGAUGUCUCCAGCCUCGACGAAGACGCAAGCCUCUUACUGGCCAUUCAGAUGUCGAUGGAGGUCAACCAAAGAUCGGACGCGGAGGACAUCCAAAAAGCUCUAGAACUGUCCCGGAAAGACUCCAUGCCGAACGAGGAGAACACGCAGCUGGAGAGAGCAUUUGAAAUGUCCUUGCAAGACGCCGUCAGGUCAGCGAACACAGCCGAGAUCGGCGUGUUUGCCAACUACAACCACGAUCUGGUCAGGGUGGACAUCGCACUGGGCAAGAAGGUUGGACUGAGACAGUGUGAGGAGAAGGUGGAGAACAAGAGCCUGCGGAAACUCUCGUCCCAUCAGAAGAGAUGCGUGGAGCUCAUUAAGAGGAAGCACGCCGUGGAGAUCAGCCUUCAAGGCACCACCGCGGUCCUCUCCGGAUUCAAAGAGUACGUCUCUGAGGCCGUGGCGGACCUGAAGAACGUCCUGAGAAGGACGGAGAACAUGAUGACGGAUGCUGAAAUCUUGAAGAGCGUGCAGUGGGUGUGGUACGAGCAGGGCUCCUCCUCGAAGGCCGUCCCGUACCCGCCCGAGGCCACCGUGUUCAUUGAGAACGCCUGGAAGAUGAAGCAGAAGAAGAUCGAUGUUCUCUUCAACAAUCAGCUGUACACCAUCGACUUAGAGAAGAUGGAGGAGCACAGUCUGGCAUCCGGGAAAUCCGUGCCUGUUAAACGGAAAAUGCUGAGCACAGGAGACUUGUACACGGAUGAUGCAGAGGAAGAUUACAGUCUGCUCUCCAGCAUGCCUGAAGUGUGUCCCGUGGAUGUGGACUCUGAUGAAUUCCAGAAUGUGGUCAAAGAUUUCUACGACACCCUUCAGGACAACCACAACAAAAUCAGGAUCAUCAAGGUUGAUAAGCUGAUGAAUAGACUCCUGCAUGACCAGUACAGGCUGAAGAAGGUCAGUAUUGAGCAGAGCUCCUCGGAGCCUCAGGUGGAGCGUACGCUUUACCACGGCACCAGCGAGACCAGCGUCAAGGAGAUAUGCAUUCAAGGCUUUAACAGGAGCUUCUGUGGGAAAAACGCCACUGUGUACGGUCAGGGGGUGUAUUUCGCGGUGAACGCCUCUCUGUCCGUGUCCGACACCUACUCCCCUCCCAAUGCAGACGGCCACAAGUUCAUUUUUGUGGCCAGGGUUCUGACCGGAGACUUCACCGUGGGCAAAUACGACUACAAAACGGCCCCGCUCAAGGACACCUCUGGGAUCCCCGUCAGAUACCACAGCGUGACGGAUCAGAUGGGCUCCCCGACUCUCUUCGUCAUCUUCAACGACACGCAGGCCUACCCGGAGUACCUGAUCACGUGCAAGAAGAUCUACGGCUGAUUUUUAUAAUGUCUAAUCGUUAAACCACUACCACCCUGCUGCUUUGAACCCGAUUUGCUCUGAACGGCAGUGGAGUGUUGUUUCUCUGUUCUUGUUUAUAAGAGUACGUGAAUAAUCUGUAGUAAGUGGCCGACAAAAUAUUAGCAUUUUAGUGUUCUUUGAGAAUUGAUACAUUUUAACAAAUGAAUUCAAUCAUAUUGAUUUUGUUUGUUUUAAGACUGUCAGCUUCGCUUCACUCUCAGAUGAGUAUUUUUGGUGUCAAAAAAUAAAGUAAAUGCUGGAAUGAAGUUAUUAUCUGUACAAUGUUUUUAUACAGUAAUAGAGUAUUAAUGUUUAAUCCUAUUAUUUAAUUGUAAUAGAAAUAAAUCGAUUUUGGGUUUCUGUAA